AGAAAUGUGAAAACCAGGAAGUGGAAACUCGAGGAGGGACUACAGUCCAGCCUAGAGAACUCCAGGAGUAAUUAGUCUGUCGGGAUUCCCUGGCCUUGUUUGUGAGUGGUGGUGAGUACAGAAUUGAAGCGGCGGCCCUGGUUGACGCUUCAGGAUUCCGGUUCGGUUGCUUUCCCAUUGAUUCCAGGGCCGUUGUGUUCUUGUACCAGUACAUGAGUGAUAGUUACUGUUGUCGAUACGCUGAGGCAUAAGAGCUUAUGCAACAACAGGAUCAGGAGCUCCCUCGGAAACUUGACAUCGGUCUGACAUUGACGUUUCAUUCGGUCACUGACUAUUUAUUUCUCAUCCCAGGGACGCUAGAAGCCCAAUUCCUUGCAGCCUAAGACAUCGAGAGUCGGAUUCUUCCCCUGUCUGAUUCAGCGCCUGUCCCAACCAGCCUUAGGACAGGUAUCAUAUUCUAAGAAAGUAACUUUCAGACGUUACUAUCGAAGCGUGUUGCUAUCGAAGCGUGCGACGAGCGACGUGCGACGAUGUCGAUACCAAUGGAAGACGUCGUCGCUUGUUUGGGAUUCACGCAGGCGGACAACCCGCUAACCCGCGCCAAAGAUCAUCCCAAGAUCGCACACGCCAUGGCUCAGCUAGCUGUGGAGCAAGCUCAAGACUCCAUCACAGCGUCGCAGAAGGACGCCGCCGAACAGCUUAUGGGCCUGGUGGUGGCGGAAGGCGCGGAAGAGCAAGCAGUGGCGGAGGCAGCGGCGCAGCUGCUGGCGAUGACAGCAGCGGACGAUAAGAAGAACCCGCACCUGAUGCACGUGGACCGUUGGAUCACCACGUGCUGCACCGUGCUGAAGCGGUGCAAGCCAACGAGUGACAGCAAGAGACGGAAGAGCAGCUCACAAGCCGACGCCGCGGAAGCAGAGGCAGCACAGACCGCAGCAGCAGCCGGGGGAGCAGCCGGGGGAGCAGCGGGGGCAGCAGUGAGCGAGUCGCUGCUGGUGUGCAUGGCGAGCUGCCUGGCGGAUCUGAUGAACAACCCGCGCAGCACCAUAGUGUGCAGCACACGCGCGCAGGAGAUCUUCCAGUGCCUGCAGCCUGUGCUACUCCUCCCGCAAGUCAGCAACCGUCUGCUCUACUUCCAGGUGUGCCGGGCCAUUUCCGAGGUGCUGCACCCCUCCACGUGGCCCAUGAACCAAUCCGCUGCGGUGCCCAAGCGGCUGCUAGAGAGGCUCAUUGACCUGAUCACCCCUGUUAAAGCCUCUGCUGGUGAUGGCUCAGGUGGUAAGGAUGCUGCUAGCGGUGCUGCUGCUGCGGAGCCUAUCUCUGAAACUGGGUCAGGGGAGCGAGAGACUGAGGCAAACGAAACGUCAGAAUCCGAGGCUGCUGCUGCUCAUACCGCCUUGGCAAACGGCACAGCUGCAGCAGAGGUAGCAGCAGGGACAGCAGCAGCAGCAGCAGCAGCAGCAGCAGCAGCAGCAGCAGGAGGAGGAGGAGGGGCGGCAGCAGCAGCAGGGACAGAGGAGCAGGAGACCCCAGAGGGCGAUUUGACGGAGUCUCUGAUCCACAUGCAGGCGUGCAAGGCGCUGCUGGUGAUGGCGACCAACGGGGCAGCGGAUCUCAUCAUAGAGCACGUGCCGGGGGUGAUGGGUGCGCUGGAGAGGUUGAGGCAGGAGUCGGGGGUGGAGGAGGCGGUGGUGCAGGCUGAUGCCGCGCUCAUGUCGCUCUGGCUCUCUCCUAAAGGAUAUGCGCUUUCCAACCCAGAGCUGCGCCCAGUGGUGGUAGGCCAUCUCUUGAGGGUCUUAGGCUCUCCUGACCUUGUGGAUAACCACCAGGACGUCAGCCUGGCGCUGGUGACGUCAACCAUCAAUCCCGACGCCGCCACGCGGGCCAGCAUGCUCCAGCUGUAUAGCGGGCUGCUGACACAGCAGCUGGAGCUCACCCACAUCCUGAUUGGCCACGUGGAUGACACUGACAGCCUGGCACACCAGAGCGUGGUGUACUUUGUGCUGCACAUAUGCGAGUCAGAGGACUGUGCGAAGUCCUUCACGGCCAACCAGACGGAUUGCGAGGCGCUUGUGGCAGCGCUGGUGGUGGCAGCACAGGCGAGAACCACUACGCGCCCAUCGCUGUCUUGGUUCGCCUGGCCAGUAGGCCUAGCACCAGGGAUCACGUCCUGACCCACAUCGACACCAGAACACUCAAUCGCCUGCGAGCCAUUCCUGGCACUCGCGCUCGACGAGAGGUUGUUCAACUGGCCACCGCGUUUGCAGAAUACAAGGGCGAAAAGAUCGACCCUCCGGAACGCACAGCCUCUAUGCCGACUGAGGAGGAGGAAUCCAAGGAAGAUAUUUUGAGGGACAUUGUCCGGAGCCAAUCCACGAGGAGUCUCAAAGCCAGGGCAGGGGGAAGUAGCUGCGAGGAUCUGUCAGGAGCUGUAGCGAGUGUGGCAACAGGAGUUGCCAAGAUUACUGUAGAUGUGGCGGAUGCAUGAAACAAACCAUGACGGGGUUGGCUCGGAGUGGUGAAGUUGCUGCUCUUGCUUUUCCCUGUAUUAUAGGGCAACUUUUGGUAGCUUGGGGAGGGGACGCUGGCGAGUGACCUUUUCCUUGUGUGUUUGAGUAGGUAGACUCAAAUUUUUUUUGUUCUCUAAAAGAUAGUGCUUCCAUAGAAUCGUGCAUAUAGCAUUGCAUCAUUUUUUUGUGCCUUGAAUCCGUAU